AUAAAACCUGGCAACCCAGAUCAAAUUAGCUAGCUGAGCUAACAACGGCUGUGUAGCAGCUAAGUAUCUCUCCGUGUUCGUCUGCACACACAACGAAACAGCUGUAUUACAUUUACAGUGUGUUUCGGGAUUAUGUCGGGAAGUGACAAUGACUCGGUCGACUUGACCAGAACAAGCUCACCAGUUCAUCACAGAAAAAAACACAGCAUGGAGUCAUCCAGAUCUCCCAGAAACUCCAAACACCACCAUUCACGGUCGAGGUCACGCUCCAGGGACAGAAAACGUGACAGAAAGUACAGACGGAGUCGCAGCAGGAGUAAAGAGGCACGAAAGAGGGACUCUGAGAAGCCAUCAAAAUCACACAGAAAAACAGACGAGCAGCAAGAGCAUGAGAGACUCUCAGCAGAGAACGGAGAGGAGCGGUCCAGACGCAAAGACAGGAGGCCCUCCAAGGGCCGGAGCUUGUCCAGGUCACACUCACGAGAGAGGCGGCAUCACAGCAAAAGUAAGGACAAACGGCGAUCCCGAUCACGCAGCCGGGACAGGAAAAAGAAGGCUAGGUCUCGCUCAGGUUCAAGGACCAAACACCGUCAUCAUAGCAGAAGUCGCAGUAAGAGCAGGGAGCGAAAGAAAAGAAGUGAGAAGGCGCGCAGAAAGAGUCGAAGCAGGUCUGUUAAUCCACCUGCCUUCCGGGGCCGAAACACAGCUAUGGAUGCACAAGAGGCCCUGGCCAGAAGGCUGGAGAGAGCCAAGAAACUGCAGGAACAGAAGGAGAAGGAAAUGUUGGAUAAACAGCAGCAGCAACAGCAGGAGAUAGCUGCAGUUGCCGCUCCUAUCGCAGCAGUAGCCGCUGCAGCUGCAGCUGCCACCUCAAACCCUGCGCUCAAUGUGGCUGCCCUCCUGGCCUCUGGGACCCAGGUCACGCCUCAGAUAGCCAUGGCAGCUCAGAUGGCAGCCCUUCAAGCAAAAACACUGGCAGAGACUGGUAUCGCUGUGCCCAGCUACUAUAAUCCAUCCGCUGUAAAUCCGAUGAAGUUUGCAGAGCAGGAGAAGAAGAGGAAAAUGCUAUGGCAGGGGAAGAAGGAGGGGGACAAGUCCCAGACAGCUGAGUUGUGGGAGAAGCUUAACUUUGGAAACAAGAACCAAAAUGUUAAAUUCCGCAAACUAAUGGGUAUUAAAGGAGAGGAUGAAGCCGAAGCUGCCAAACCACUUAACGAUGAAGGCUUGAAGACUCUUCAAAAGCAGGAGGAAAUGUUUAGGAACCUUGACGUUCAGUAUGAGAUGGCUCGCUCUCAGACACACACCCAGAGGGGAAUGGGCCUCGGCUUCACCUCUUCAUUCUCCCGUGGAAUGGAUUCCAUCUAGUGCCAUGCGUUGGCCAUCUUUGCCACUCAUCUGAUCAUAUAGGACCACCGAUUCAUCGCUAGCCCUCAAGCUUGCAUGGAUGUUGCUCUGACUCUGUAACUUAUUUAUAGACAAACAUCUCACGUAUUUGAACAUUAUGAUGUAAAUAGCCAGAUGCUGAGUUUGCCUCAGUGUUGAUUAAUCUGUACUGUAAUCUUUGCAAAAGGAUGCAUCAGUUUGACUGGUUGAUACUGGUUAAAAUUAGAUAUUUGUUUGAAUAAUGUGGUAGCUUUCUUUUUUUAACUCAAAUAUAUAUUAAUAUGUGAUUGUUUGAACAUAAACUGAAUAUAAUGUGGUUCAAGUGAACACUGUUUACAUCCAUUUAGUGAAAAGGCAUCUGAAGUCAAUGUAGCAUUAUCUGAUCCCCACAGAGUAAUUUCUCCUGACUGGGAAAACAAACAGUGGGUUGUAAUACAUAUUGUCUUCAGGAUUACCAUGGAUAAAGAUGUGCUUGACAGGAGAAAUCACAUAGUUCAAAUGUUCUUGAAAUAAAUUAGUUUUGUGUUGAA